AUGACACUCUAUCUCAUGUCGGUAGUUGUGGAUUGUGUUGUGAAAAAGGAAGAAUCCAAAAACCUCCAAAUCGUCGCCCAAUACUUCACAGAAUACUGGGGCAAAGCCAACCCAAACAUCGUCGACGACCUCUGCGCCGACGACUUCACCAUGAACUACCCCAUGCACGGCAUCAGACAUGGCAAAUCCAGUACAAAGAACAUGCUCACAGACCUCAAACGAGUAAGUCCAACCCCCCAUCCAACAAAUGUCAUCAUCAGCCCUGUUAAUAAACAACUUCGAGCAAGGCAUUCCCCGAUAUUUCAUUCCGCGUCUACCAGCAUCCACUCAGGAGUUGCAUCCUCGGACCUUCCAGUAGGAGCUUUGAAUACUCCAAACACCGGGAUGAAAAUAUACUUUUCCGGAAUCACAAUUUUUACGCUGAAAGAUGGCAAAAUCAUCGACGAGACAGGCGAAGAGGGUGCUCUUAUGGCCUUGCAGAAUUUAGGUCUAUUAGCUCAGCCCAGUCCCGGCAAAGAGGUGCAGUUGUUGUAUGACAUCUAAUACCAGUGCAAUACACAUAAAAUUACACUCAAUGAAUAACAUGAUUUGUAAAAACGAUACUCCUAGUAAUGCCACCACAAGUGAUCAUCAAGUAACAUAAAUACACAAUCCAUAACACCCCAUAGUCUAUGCCACCCAAAUCAACCUGGUAUAUAUUCCCCCCCAAACGCCCAUGAUGCGACGCCCCCUAGAAAUGCACGCUCUGCUUCUUCUUCAUCUUCUUCCUUUUCUCCUCAUCCGUCUUCCCCCCGCCGAAAAAGCUAAGCGCGCUGACCCGCGCCCCCGACGGUCCCGAAUAAGGACUCAGGUUGUUGCGCCCAUUCUGCUGCUGCGUAGACGGGCCCGGCCCUACGCUGUUUGGCCGCGGCGGAGGAGGGGGCUGGAGGUUAUUCACGACGGGCGGGCCAUACCAGCCGCCGCCACCACCACCCAAUGCACCAGACAUGGCCGUCGUCGUCGUCCCAAAGGGUCGCUGUGGAAGAGGAGGGGACUGUGUUGGCCGUGGGGCCGGGACGCCGUAUUGUCGCCGCAGCCGCUCGGUCUCGGCAUCAAUCUCGGCUUGCUUCUGCCGCCGUCGAGCGUCUUCCUCCUGCUGGAGCAUCCUCCGCGUCUUCUCCUCCUCCUCCCGAGCAAGCCGCGCGCGGCGCUGUCGCUCUUCUUCGGCCACCAUGGCCUGCAGCCUGCGAGUCUCGGCAUCAAUCUCGGCUUGCU